AAGUAAAGAAUGCGAUAAAUUCAAAUAAGUAGAGCCUGCAAAAAAGGAAUGUGGUUGUUAAUAAGUUAAAAAAAAGAAGCUGUUGAAGCAAAAAUGAUAUUUGUAAUGCUGAAAUAUAAUCAUUAUUGUUAUCCAUGAUUUUUUUUUUUAUUCUAAUGUAUGAUAAUAAAACUAAUAAUAAAAAACUGGCAAAAACACUUUAUUUCUUGAUUAAAAUUCAAUAAAAUGUUAGUUACUUAGUUACAUUACAGAACAGAAACAAAAUAUAUUUCUUUGGCCUGAACAUUAUGAUUGAAAAAUGUGAAUUUAGUUAAAAAUUCUUCAAGAGCUCACUGAAAUUGAAAGAAAAACGCAUUAAAAUGACUUCACGAUUCACGUCUCUUCUUGUAUGAUGACAUGAGCGGCAACUUUACGUCCCACCCCUGCGCCUGUGCCGCCGUGUGCGAUCGCACACGUCGCACAUGCCCAUUACCGCCCAUUACAAUCCAUACAAUGUGACAGGUGUACACGUUUGAAAUGCUGAAAGCGUGAUUGUGACAGCUCCACGCAGGCAAUUGCUGCAGCACACUGGUCACCCUCUAUCGUGCCAGAUCAAAGCGUCCAAUCAGAUGAGCUCCUGCUCACAGUCCACGGGGCGAUAUUUGCACAGUUACUAGACAUUGCUGUGAUGUAUUAGCCAUCAUACGGCCCUCAUUAAUAUCAGUCCUUGUCAUUUCAAUUCGAUGAUAUCUCCACGUCAACUCACAUCAGGUCUGUAAGCGAUGCGCAGAAUACAGUUGCUCCCUGUGGUAAUCACGAGCUAAUUGUCCCAGGUGGACGUCCGCCUCUUGGGAUGGAGGGCCCAACCGGUGAUCGCAUCACCACGCCCGUGACCCAUCAGUCGAACGACACGAGUGGCAUCUUCGAGGUGGCGCUCCAGAAUGUCUCCACGGAGCGCAAGCCUCAGUUCGAGGGUGUGGAGCUGCUGCAGUCCUUCAAAGUGCUCAUCAUCCCCUGCUACACUCUGGUGGCCCUGGUGGGCGUCGUCGGCAACUACCUGCUCCUGUACGUCAUCUGCCGCGCUCGCAAGAUGCACAACGUCACCAACUUCUUCAUCGGGAACCUGGCCUUCUCCGACAUGCUCAUGUGCGCCACGUGCAUCCCCUUCACUCUGGCCUAUGCGCUCAACCCACACGGGUGGGUGUUUGGCCGCUUCAUGUGCUACCUGGUUUAUCUCAUCCAGCCGGUGACCGUGUACGUGUCAGUUUUCACCCUCACCGCCAUCGGGGUGGAUAGGUACUACGCCACAGUGCAUCCUCUGAAGAAGCGCAUUUCAGUCUUGGCAUGCACCUACUUGCUGUCCGCUAUCUGGCUGCUGUCCUGUGCUCUGGUGGCUCCUGCUGUGGCUCACACCUACCAUGUGGAGUUCCAAAACGAGGGCUUCACCAUCUGUGAGGAAUUCUGGAUGGGUCAGGAGGGGGAGCAUCUGGCCUACGCGUACAGCACUCUCUUCAUCACCUACGUGCUGCCUCUGUCUGCCCUCUGCAUCUCCUAUCUGUGCAUCUCUGUCAAACUGAGGAACUGUGUGGUUCCAGGCUACCGCACUCGGAGCCAGGCCGAGGCUCAGCGCAUGCGCAAACGCAAGACCUUCCGCCUCGUGAGCCUUGUGGUGGCCGCUUUUGGCAUUUGCUGGAUGCCCAUCAGCGUGUUCAACGUGCUACGUGACAUUGACAUUGAUCUGAUUGAUAAGCGCUACUUCCUGCUCAUUCAGUUGCUCUGUCACCUUUGUGCUAUGAGCUCGUCCUGCUGUAAUCCUUUCCUGUACGCUUGGCUCCACGACCGCUUUCGUACCGAGCUCCGCAAAAUGAUGGUGUGCCGCCGGCGUAUUGGCAUUGCCGCCAACAAUGGCGCCACUGCAAGUGUUGUGCUGUGAAAGACACUUCAGAAAUUACUUAGGGAAAGUAAGACAAAUCACUGUGGGGAUGGGACUAGGGUCCUCCCAACCUUUUGGGUUUAGGAACUUCUUGGGGAGAUUUCUUCCAAGGACAAAUGCAUAACUACCAUGUGCACCGAUAAUUGCCAUGGGAAUUCUUUAUUCUUUAAACCUUUCAAGCUAAAUAUUCAUUCAAGCAAAUUCAGUUGAAUUAGUUUGACAAGCACUGGUAAAGACAAGGGCUGGCACCUAAAAAAAAAAAAAAAACAUCCUGGAAGGUGAUCAGAUGAUCGUUGUCUCUGUGACAUAGCACACCACAGUGUUAAUGUGGCAAACUAAUAUGAUUAAAAACAUGUGUGUGUAUAUAUAUAGAUAUAUAUAUGUUUCAGUCGAGAAGUCACCAGUGCUCCUGUUAAAGUUCCCAAGAGAAGCAAUCCCUGCCUACCCACGGUUGUUCAAAACCUUUUGAACCUUGCCCUCCCCUCUCCUGUCCGUCCACCCACACACACUACUCUAUAUGCAUUCGGCCACUUAUGUGAGCCAUCGUUUCAUAAAACCUUUCUGACUUUGUGGAAUAUGUAGUCAGUCUAUUUCUAUCGAGCAAAGUGGUGGUUACGAUGAAUAACUGGCAUGAAGCACCUUCACAUUAAUUAUAUGACACAUACAUUACACAUGCAUGUGCAGUGGACUUUUUGUACUUUGUUCAUUUUAAUCUGUUUAUUCAUAUUAUGCAAUGUGCCGGUUAUCAUGAAUAACUAGCAAGGAACGAUCGCAUUACAUUAACGGAAUAAACUGUAAAACGUGACCAAUUGUGCUGGGCUCGGCCAAGUACAGCAAGGAUUGCCGAGUACGUUAAAGGUCUUUGCUUGCUUUGGACACGUAUGCCAAAUCGGCAUUGCAAAUGAGAAUUUGUUCUCAAUCGCCAUUGCCUACCUGGAUAAACUAUAAACCUAAACGACACCCCUAACACCGGAGUUUGCUUAUCUGGAGUUUUUGGCCAGCCAAUCAGGCUGAAGCUUGGCAAAAGGGAUUUGUUUUGUUGUAAAUGAAGCUGCCUGUGUUGUUACUGAUUGGAAUUCAGGUCCUGAGGUUUGCUGUUAGCUGCUGUAUAUAAAAUCAGUAAAGAUCUGUUUAAAAAGCAUUGCCAGUAUUGAUAUUCAGUUUGUUGACCAUUUAAUUUGUGCUUGUUUCUUAAGAGGAUUCACAACAUACAUUUGUGUUACCUUCACUAGGUUCCACAUUCAAGCUGAUGUAAACAAUUUAAUUCAAUGUUCUGUACAACAACACGAUGCU